AUGCAAAUUAGACCCUUGAAGAGAUCGGAUACGACACUCAGCGACGAUACUGAGCUUACGAACAUCACAUACAACGACAAGUAUGUUGUCGUAUACGACUUUUGCAACGUUGAUGAUGAUGUCGCCAUUGCAGAAUGCAAGACGCUAUUGCAUGAUUUAGAGGGUGCAGGCCUUCACACCGAAGUACGCCCUGGAUAUGAUCAGACACUGCUAGUAUUUGUGCAAGCGCCUAGAGAUCUACUUGGUAACACCGUCUACAAGUCACGAGUCAAAGAUUGGCUGUAUGGCAUCACGAAAAAUCAUCCAGGAGGCACCGCAAAGACUGUCGUUACCGCAGCUUUCGAAGCCGAAGACCUACUGUCUAUGUACCAUCUCGUCAACUGGCGCAAGGAGCUAGGAGGCGCAGGUAUCACACCCGGAUUCCCUCCUUGGGAGAAUGUGACGUCCAUCUUCCCAUUACACAACCAAGGUGCGAACCGCGCAUUACUAGCGCAUCUCAGCACGCGUGUGUUCUUGGAACCUGCCGACUUGGACCGCAUCCGUGAUCUAUGGGGCGCCAAAGUUGCCUUCUACUUCGCUUUCAUUCAAACAUACUUUCGUUCUCUAGUAUUCCCAUGUGCUGCGGGGAUAUUUGCCUGGGCGUUCUUGCCGAAAUACUCUCUCCUCUUCGCAAUGCUCAUUGGUGUCUGGUGCACAGUGUUCUUGGAGUACUGGAAGAUCAAGCAGACUGAUCUUGCAAUCCGUUGGAACGUGCGAGGAGUAGGCGACCUGAAGGUUAAUCGCCCGCAGUUCCGCUACGAGCAAGAGAUCAUCGACUCAGCUGGGAGGGUUCGACAUGUCUUCCCGAGAUGGAAGAGGAUUGCGCGACAGUUAGUCGUCAUACCAUUUGUGCUCAUCAGUACUCUGCUGCUCGGCAUCCUCAUUGCUUUCGUCUUCACUAUUGAAACCUUCAUUGGAGAAGCGUACGAAGGACCCUACAAGUUCUAUCUGGAAUACCUCCCUACCGUUCUUCUCGCUGUCUUCUUGCCAUAUGCCACCAGCUUUCUGGAAGACAUUGCUACUGCUCUAACAGAAUACGAAAAUCAUCGAACAGCUGACCAUUACGAAAUGUCAUUGACGCAGAAGAUCUUCGUGCUCAACUCGAUCACCAACUAUCUGCCGAUCCUCCUUACGGCUUUCGUAUACGUACCUUUUGGUGGAAAAGUCGUACCAUUAUUGCAACAUGUUAUCGAUGCGGUACUAGGCGCGCAAAGUAGAUCCAAGAUGGUGUUCAGGGCCGAUCCUGACCGGCUGCGCAAUGAAGUCAUAGCGCUCACCGUAACUGGCCAGGUCUCGGGCGCAGUAGAGGAGCUCGCGCUACCCUGGCUGAAGACGCAACUGAAGCAAUGGUGGCGUGACCGACAAGCCACCCGGACACAAAACCGCAGCAGCGACUCAUACGAGAGACCAACUGAAGAGGACCCUGCGGAAUCUCGCUUCCUACGCCGCACAAGGAGGCAGGCAUUGAGGCCAUCAUACAAUGUUCAAGACGAUAUUGCGGAGAUGGUCAUUCAAUUUGGCUACCUCGCGCUGUUUAGUCCCGUAUGGCCUCUGGUACCAAUCGGCUUCUUCAUCAACAAUUGGAUCGAGCUACGAUCCGAUUUUCUCAAGAUAUGUGUCGAACAUCAGCGUCCUCAUCCAACACGUAGCGACGGUAUCGGGCCAUGGGUGGCUAGCCUAGAGUCGUUGACAUGGCUGGGUAGUGUCAGCAGUGCCGCCAUCGUACACAUGUUCGGCACCCAGCGCUUUCUUGGCGAGUAUCUGGGUUUGAGCACAUGGGCCAGUUUGCCAGUCACCAUACUCAUUUCGGAGCACAUCUUCAUGGGCUUCAGGGCGGCUGUACGGUUCGCGCUAUCAAGGAUAGGUUCGGAGCAAACUCGGAAAGAAAGGGCUGAGCGAUACGCGAAGAGAAAGAAGCAUCUGGACGAGCUUGAGGCAUCUGCAGAGAAGAAGUCGCAUCUCGAUGUGACGGAGCGAGAGAGACGAAAGAGUGUUCGAAUUAACGCGGCUGAUAUCUUCUGGACCAAACAAGCCGAUAUGGGCGCAAGUGCGGAUGCUGGUGUCAGUAUCAUCAAGGCGUUAAAGAGCGCGCAGAAGGAGAGUGUCCUCACUGGCCGAGAAAACAAGAUUGACUGA